CAAAACGGGGGGUGGGGGGGGGGGAAUCUCAGCUCUAUGCUGGUUCUUUAGUAACAAUCGAACUCUCUCCUUUCUCUCCCUCUCUGUCUCUUUCUGUCUCUUUUGUUCCUUUUAAAAAUAUACAAAUCUUGUUGUUUUGUUUUGGAAAGCAAUGUCUUAUCCUCAGGGUUAUCUAUACCAGCCAGCAGGGUCGCUGGCUCUUUACUCGUGCCCAGCAUACAGUGCCUCCGCGCUGACCGCCCCGAGGAGCGACGAACUGGGCAGAGCCUCGUCCGGCUCCGCGUUCAGUCCCUACGCAGGCUCGGCAGCAUUUACAGCCCCCUCUGCAGGCUUCACUAACCCGCUUCAGUAUUCAACUGACCCCGCAGCUGGAUUCCCGUCCUACAUGGGUUCACCGUACGAUGCCCACGCCACAGGGAUGGCAGGAACCCUCAGUUACCACCCUUAUGGCAACGCUGCUUACCCUUAUCAACUCAACGACCCCGCUUACAGGAAGAACGCCACCCGAGACGCCACAGCCACCCUCAAAGCCUGGCUCAAUGAGCACAGGAAGAACCCCUACCCCACCAAGGGGGAGAAGAUCAUGCUGGCCAUCAUCACCAAGAUGACCCUGACCCAAGUCUCCACUUGGUUCGCCAACGCCAGGAGGAGGCUCAAGAAGGAGAACAAAAUGACCUGGGCCCCUAGGAAUAAGAGCGAGGACGAGGAGGAGGAAGAGUUGGGGGAAAGUGAAAGAAGCAAGGAAGAAAGUUCUGAGAAAAAGCAUGACCACAUCGAAACUUCAGCCGAGGAUGAAGGUAUUAGUUUGCAUGUCGACACGCUGACUGACAGCUCCUGUUCCCCAGAAUGCGAGGGGGAUAAAGUGAACAGAGUGGAGGACAGCAUUUGCGAGUCUGGAUCGGAAUCGAAGGAAAAAUGUGACAAUUGUAUUGUUGAUGACGAUGAUGUUGACGAUGAUGAUGGUGGCAGCGAUGAGGAGGAAGAGGAUCGGGAGCUAUCCCACAAAACUAUGAAUUCCUCGCCUCUCGCUAGGGUGGAUGCCACACUCCUUAGUGUUCAAGAGGAAGAGAGCUCGGGGAGUGGAAAUAAAACUCGCCUGAACAGUAUCAUCUCUUCAGCUUCACAAACUCAAGUCAGCAAACCCAAGCUCUGGUCUUUAGCGGAAAUCGCCACCUCGGAUAUUAAACAGCAGAUCGGUCAGAUAUGUUCUUCUUCGCCGAACUCCUCAUCGUCAUCGUCAAGCUCAACCUACCCCGCCACUUCAAUCCUUGGCAGGCCCAUUUACUAUACGUCCCCCUUUUACACUAACUAUACGAACUAUGCUAACUUUAAUCACCUGCAAAGCCAAGGCAUACUGCGGUACAGCACCAACGAGACUGUCUUAAACACUUCUGUACACAAGCAGAACACAGACUCUCUGAAAAGUACCAAUUCCCAGCUAGAGCAGCACUUCAGAGCCACGAACUACGACUCCAAAAAAGACCCCAGUGACGUCUGCAGAGUAGGAGUGCAACCAUAUCUAUAGAUGUUUUAUCAGCAGUGCAAGUAGGUGUCACAAUUGCUUUGAAAAUGUCAGCGAGCCAUCCCCCCAGCUAUUAAGCAAAAAAUGUACAUAAUACCGGAUCACAUCUCGUGCCACUGUAUAGAGAAGACCCACAGAGCACUAUUUUAAUUCCACAGAUUAUGUUAUUAAGAGAGCAAAUCCGUGCGACAUAUCUGUGCGUUUGUUGGUUAAUUAUUCUUCUGUAUAUGUGACUUUUGGGAAAUAAUGUCUUCUCAGGUUUUCUUCACUUGAUCCGUUUAUUUGCCACGUUCUAGGUGUAAUGCGGCUUUAUUGUAAAACUAUUUGUAGAUAUACAGUAGAACAAUGUGAUUGAAGAACUUGAGUAUCUGAAAUGUGGAAAACAUUUGAUAUUUAUUUUUGUAAUGAUGACAUAAAGCUUCUAGUAAUUUAUGCAAGUUGUAUUGCAAUGGAAACUGAACAUUUUGUAAAUAAAUCUGCUUGUUAUUUUGGAAACGUGAUGACAAUUACAAUCUGUUUGGUUGUUAUAAGCACUCUUUGCUAAUUUAUAUCUUUAAAAAUGUAAAUAAAAUUGACUAGCCUGUAACUGCAAUUUCUUCAAAACGUUGUUUGAAUUAUUCGGCGUUACUUUUACAAAGUUCAUUUGUCAUUAAAAUAUUUUAUUUUGCUUUGAUUAUGGAAUAUGAAUUAAACAUCUUUAAACAUG